AUGAAUAAAUAAUCUUUUUUUAAGGAGAAAAAUAUUUUGAAUAAAUAAGUGUUUUAGAAAAAUGUAUUGAUAAUUUUUAUAACUUAAAAUCGAGUAAACAAGCUUUAAAUUCGAAAAUUUAAUUCGUUCAAAAUGUAGUUUAGAAUGAAAAAUUGGCAGCAGAUAAAGAAAGCCAAAGUGCUGUUUAAUCACUUAGUUUAUGGACUGAUUAUUCUAUGCCGAAUAGCUAGUAGAAUACGUGUAAUGUUAGUAGGGAUUAAUGGAUUUGGGAAGAUUAGGAUUGUAGUUAUGGAACAGUUAUUACUGAAUAAAAUGAUGUUUCGUUUGAUUUGGGAUUUACAGUUUGUCUUAAAGUUAAAAUUAAGGAAUCAUUUGUUAAAGAAAGAUAUAAGAAUUAAGCUUUUUAAAAUAAAUGUGAUAAUAAUUUUAGUAAUAAUAUUUUUCUUAGAUAUGAUUAAAUAUAAAAGUAUAGAUAAUCUGUGUAAAAAUUAUUUGGAAAUAUUGAAAAAGAUUUGUUUUCUUUAAGUGCUUAAGUUGAUGAUUUAGAUAUUAAUAUAGAAAAGAAAUAAAUAAAAGUUUAUAAAAUAAACGAAGAGUUUACAGAAUUAUUUAAAUCAACUACUUAUAAAUAUAAUGGAAUUUAAAAAUAAAUUGAUUGCACUUUUCUUAAAUAAGUAUUUACACGUUUAAAAAACUCAGUUUGCGUUACAGGACUUAAUGGUAUUAUGAUUUAUAAUUUCUUCUUUUUUGUUUCUUCACUUUUAUUAGUUUUUUAUUGCUUAAUUAUUAGUUUGAGUGCUGCUAGAGUAUUACCAAACAUUGAAAGCGAAGAAAACAUGUAUGAAUAAUAUUAUUAGUCCAGAAUUUAUAAUUAAAGUGAGAUUAAUAAAGACUAAA